UACAAACUCUCCUAAAACUAGUAAGGCAGGAUUUAGAACUCGUGUACGCAUGAGUGGAAGUACCGGUGGAAACAUGGCGACUGGCGACGCAAAAGACAGCAAAGAAAUUCCACCGGGAACGAAAGUGGUUUGUACCACUUGCUUUGAUGAAAAAAUUGAAGGAGAAGUUGUGGCUUUCGAUUACGGAGCCAAGCUUUUAGUAAUUAAAUCUUCCAAGAACCCCAAGAAAAAUGUUACAGAUAUAAGGAUGUUGAACUUGGCUCGCAUGAAGACGCUGAACGUUUCAGAAGUAUCCAACAAACCACCUCCUUCUCUGCCAUGUGUAGAACAUGACAAAAUUGAUAAAAAGAUUGCAUUAGCUCUUGAGCAGAAACGACGAGCAGUAGAGAAAAUAGGCAUCAAUGUAACACCAGGAGCCCAAAAGCUGUUCGACACCAUAAACAAAACAAUUAAUGAAGUCAAGUGGAAUGGGAAAAGUAUUGUGGUCAUGAAUGAAGUAACAAUUGAUCCACCUUACCAGGAGAGUGAUUGUCACGGAAAUGAAAAAUCUCGCGAACACAUUAUCAAGAUUGUCAGAAAGCAUAAUGAAGAAGAAAGCAACCAGCCUGGAUAACAAAAGUAAAUCACAAAGCUGCUCAAAAAUAAUUAAAAAAGGUUUUCAAAGGAGGAAGGGAUGAAGAGUUUCCUCCACAGUCCCAAUGCCAACGUUGCUUGUUUCUGGUAGCUGGCUAAUUGGCACGUAUGCAGACAGAACCCAAAUGAAGAGGGCAUUGCACAUGUAGGGAAAAGCAUUAGCAAAAGUGUGGGAUGAUUCCCUCCAUACAGAGCCCAGUAAGGAAACCAGCUCUUGCUGAUGUCCACGGUCACCUGGUGUGCUCUUGUGGACGGGAGUAACAGCUACACCAAAUGCACCAUAAAUUUUUUCUUUCCCAUAGUCUUAGGGCCUCUUCAUAUGAGCCUGGCUUAGGCUGGUUCAGUGUCCCACACCUUGCCACAGCAAUAAAGUGUGAUAUCCUC